AUGGCUUCGCGACCUACCGUCUCCAUCAUCGGCAAAGAUGGUGCUGCCACUGGCAACACCCACCCCAUGCCCGCUGUCUUCAGCAGCCCCAUCCGCCCGGACAUUGUCCAGGAGGUGCACAAGGGCAUGGCCAAGAACAAGCGUCAGCCCUACGCCGUGAGCGAGAAGGCUGGUCACCAGACCUCUGCCGAGUCCUGGGGAACUGGACGUGCCGUCGCCCGUAUCCCCCGUGUCUCUGGUGGUGGUACUCACCGCGCCGGUCAGGCCGCCUUUGGUAACAUGUGCCGUUCCGGUCGCAUGUUCGCUCCCACCAAGAUCUGGCGCAAGUGGCACGUCAAGGUCAACCAGGGCCAGAAACGCUACGCCACCUGCUCUGCCCUCGCCGCCUCGGCCGCCGCGCCCCUGCUGAUGGCCCGUGGCCACCAGGUCAUGACCGUCGCCGAGGUGCCCCUCGUCAUUGACUCUGGCAUCUUCGAGGCCGGCUCCGUCCUCAAGACCGCUGGCUCCGUCGCCAUCCUCAAGGCUGUCGGUGCCGGCCCCGACAUUGACAAGGUCAAGGGCUCCAAGAAGCUGCGCGCCGGCAAGGGCAAGCUCCGUGGCCGCCGCCACCGCCAGCGCCGCGGUCCCCUCGUCGUCUACGACCCCGCCGUCGAUGGCAAGGAGCUCGUCAAGGGCUUCCGCAACAUUCCCGGCGUCGAGUCCUGCCCCGUCACCGCCCUCAACCUGCUCCAGCUCGCCCCCGGCGGUCACCUUGGCCGCUUCGUCGUCUGGACCUCGGCCGCCUUCAAGGCCCUCGACGAGAUCUACGGCUCCACCACCGAGCCCUCGGCCCACAAGCGCGACUUCCUCCUCCCCAGCAACGUCGUCUCCCAGGCCGACCUCACCCGUCUCAUCAACUCUUCCGAGAUCCAGUCCUCCCUCAACGCCCCCAAGGGCGAUGCUCUCACUCGCCGCUCGGCUGUGCAGAAGAAGAACCCGCUUAUCAACAAGCAGGUCAUGCUUCGCCUGAACCCCUACGCGUCUCAGUACGCCAAGGAGGCUCAGAAGAGCACCAAGGAGUAA